UUUUAAUACGAGUACCUCACCCCUGCAAAGGAUUCGACAUGUGCGGCUUUAGGCCAGGAUGUUCUUAUGCCAAAGCCCGAAGCAAGAUACUUUAUUUACGUGGAAUUAAGAUACCCCCGCUACGUGGAUUGGGACAUGUUCUCUGUGACGGAUCAGACCCGCCCAGAGGCCGCUCCGCCGGCUAACUCGUUCCGAAAUUGAGUUCGGAUUUAGAUUAUUUAUUUCCUGGCUGGCUUUGGUUCUCUAUUCCCCCCCUCACACAGUUUGCCAUACAUCCAUCAUCCUCCUGUACUCCAUUCCCUUCACUCCCUCCACUCCCUCCACUCCCUACUCCAUCCCAUCGCCAUCGUUCUGUGGUCUGCUUAAUCCUGCAGCUUCCAUCCGCUUACCUCAACUAUUCUUAAUUACACAGCCCAAUGUCGACUGAGGCCAAGAGCAGGAAGCCCGCUAACACCGCCUUCAAGCAACAGCGGUUGAAAGCAUGGCAGCCCAUUUUGACGCCCAAGACUGUGCUGCCCACGUUCAUCCUUGUCGGCAUUUUGUUUGCGCCUAUCGGCGGUCUGCUGCUUUGGGCGAGUGACACUGUCGCAGAGGUCGUCAUUGAUUACACCAAAUGUGACAAAGCCGGCCCAACGUUUGUCCCGAUCCCGCAGGACUUGUACUCCGUCAAUUUCCCUGGUUCCGCUGGCAAUGGAGAGCCUCCAGAGUACAGGUCGAUGCAGGGUGUGACCUCCGCCAACAAUGCGACCUGGACCACCAUGAAAUGCACUGUCAAGUUCAACCUGCCCGUCACCCUGAAGAAGCCCGUCUUUAUCUACUAUCGUCUCACCAAGUUCUACCAGAACCACCGUCGUUAUGUCAAAAGUCUGGAUGCGAAGCAAUUGUCCGGUGUUGCUCGCGAUGCGGCGGAGCUCAAGGGAGGCUCGUGCGACCCCUUAGCAGUCAUAACUGAGAACGAAGUUCAAUACCCCAUCUUUCCAUGCGGCCUCAUUGCUAAUUCGAUAUUCAAUGACACGCUUGGAUUGUUCUUGAACCCAUUCGACGCAACGACCAACAAUAACAAGUCCUACAUCCUCACCGAUACGGGGAUCUCUUGGAAGGCCGAUAUGAGGAAGUAUGGCAGUACGGGAUAUACUGACUUGAGCAAGAUUCGACCACCACCAAAUUGGAGGAACUUCCCCAAUGGCUAUUCCGCAUCGUCUCCACCAAUCGAUCUCAGCAAGGACGAGCAUUUUCAAGUCUGGAUGCGUACAGCUGGUCUGCCCAAUUUCAGGAAGCUGUACUCAAAGAACGAGCAGGACGACUUGACGAGUGGAACCUAUACCAUUGACAUUGACAUGAACUAUAAUGUUACAUCGUACGGAGGAACAAAGUCGAUCGUUAUCUCGACAGUGUCCUUCAUGGGCGGUCGCAAUCCAUUCUUAGGCAUUGCGUACGUGGUCGUCGGCGUUCUCUGCGUAGUGUUGGGACUCUUGUUCACAGCCCGUCAUCUGUACAAGCCUCGUCGACUGGGAGACCACACAUAUCUUUCCUGGAACCAGAAUGCUGCCUCAAAUGCAGCUAUGACAAACCCGGAGACAUCUGCGACUGCCACUGGCGCGAGUGCUCGUUAUUAGGCUCCAGUCCAAAAAUGCUGAAGGCACCUCUUCGUUCAUCUACACGCGUAUUUUUAUAUUCGUCGGUGCAUUCAAUAAAAUAAAAUAUCCAAGCAG